AAAACUCAGGAGUUUCGUUUCACUUUGCCGCGCCUGAAAAUGGCGACCAUAUCCAUAAGCUUCUGCCCGUGCGCCAUGGCUCGCCCGAGGGUCCCACAGACUCGCAAGCCUCCGAAUAAGAAGCAGGUAACUCCGAGGCCUAACCCUAACCCUAACGUCAGGCUGAAGGGUCGAACCGGCGCGAAGCAGUUGUCCUCCGUUGGCGUCGAGGCCACCACCUACACUCGCCUGCCUCCCAGAGAGGAUUUCUCUCUCCCGUCCCUCGAUGCGUCGUUGUUGGAGUUCUCGUCUGAGGUGAAGCUCUCUGAGUCAAAUGCCGCAUUGGUGGUUGAGAAGGAGAUUGAUUAUUUAAGCAGCGACGAAGAGGAGGAGGAAGAAAGUGGCACAUAUAAGAAAUUAGGGAUGAAUUCUGGGAAAUUUGAGGUCUUUGAUGGGAAUUACGAUUCUGAACUGGAUGAGGAGGAGGAGGAGGAUGACAGUGAUGGUGAAAUUGACGGCGAACUGGAAAAUGUUUAUCAAAACGACGACGGUGAGUUCCUAGGGUUCAAGGAGGGCAAAGCUGUGAAUUUCUCCGGUAAUGAGGGUGAAUUGGAGGAAGUGGAAGUGAAGGAGAAGGGAGUGCCAGCGGUAAUGCGGUGUUUCGACCGCGCCAAAAUCUUUGCCAAGGCAGGGGACGGAGGAAACGGCGUGGUUGCAAUGCGGCGGGAAAAGUUCGUGCCUUUGGGGGGACCUUCAGGCGGCGACGGAGGGCGAGGUGGGAAUGUGUAUAUGGAGGUGGAUGGGUCGAUGAAUUCACUUCUGCCGUUUCGAAACAGCGUACAUUUUCGGGCAGGGAGAGGUGAUCAUGGAAGAGGGCAGUCUCAGAAUGGGGCUAAGGGAGAGGACGUAGUGAUUAAGGUGGCGCCCGGGACUGUUGUCCGAGAGGCGGGGAAGGAUGAGGUGCUUCUGGAGUUGUUGCAUCCGGGGCAGCGUGCAUUGUUGUUGCCUGGAGGGAGAGGCGGGAGAGGAAACGCUUCGUUUAAAUCCGGGACAAAUAAGGUCCCCAGGAUUGCUGAGAAUGGUGCAGAGGGUCCCGAGAUGUGGUUGGAGCUGGAACUAAAGCUGGUUGCAGAUAUUGGAAUAGUGGGCGCCCCAAAUGCAGGGAAAAGCACACUUUUGAGUGUGAUAAGUGCUGCUCAGCCAGCAAUAGCAAAUUACCCCUUCACAACUUUACUUCCCAAUCUGGGUGUGGUUUCGUUUGACUAUGAUUCUACAAUGGUAGUAGCAGAUCUGCCAGGUUUACUUGAAGGAGCACACCGCGGUUUCGGUUUGGGCCAUGAGUUCCUACGGCACACUGAGAGGUGUUCUGCCCUGAUACAUGUCGUAGAUGGCUCAUCACAACAGCCAGAAUUUGAGUUUGAUGCAGUACGUUUGGAGUUGGAACUGUUUAGCCCUGAAAUUGCUGAAAAGCCUUAUGUAGUUGCGUUUAAUAAAAUGGACCUUCCAGAUGCAUAUGAAAACUGGUCAUCAUUCAAAGAAAAUUUAGAAUCUCGUGGGAUUCGUGUUUUUUGCAUGAGUGCAGUGAAAAGAGAGGGUACUCAUGAAGUGAGCUGUGCUGCUUAUGAGCUUCUACGAGAACAUAAAGUGGCCGAGGAGGAGUUCCCAGACCCGGUCAAUUUGAAUCAUGUAGCUGAGAUGGUGCGUAAGCAGCAAACUGCGUCUAUUAAUGAGUUUGAGAUCACUCAUGACAGCAGUAGCAAUACUUGGCAUGUUGUGGGAUCUGGGUUGCAACGCUUUGUUCAAAUGACGAAUUGGAGAUAUGUGGAUUCUGGGAGAAGGUUCCAGCAUGUUCUGGAUGCUUGUGGCGUGAACAAAUCUCUUAUAAAACUUGGUGUGAAAGAAGGCGACACGGUGAUUGUUGGAGAUAUGGAAAUGGUAUGGCACGAUGCUGCAGAUAAUUCCAGUUUUUCAAGUUUUAGGAAAGGAUCCACAGAAACAACCAAGUGGCCUCAAUGGAAGUGAGCUCGUGGUCUCGUGUGUUAUUUCACUGCUAACCGAUAGAAAUAGAAGGGUAUCAGCUCUUGCAAUUUGUUUCUCUUCUCCAUAUACGAUCUCGACACAACUCAUGAAAUUCAGUAACAUCUGUUGAAAGAAUGAAACAGGCUUUGAUGUAUUUAUAGAAAAUUUUAGUUAUCCUUUCA